AAUUACGCCAUCAACAGCUGCCAUUUUUUUAUCUGCUGACGAGCGUUCAAAGACAAAUGCACAUACGCAGAAUUUGAGCGCGGAUAACCAAUUUUCUUUGAGCAAAAGUGAUGCUGAAUAUUUAUUGAAUUUUUUAGAGGCUGAAUUGGGGUCUGAAGAGGUUUUGGAGAGGGAAUCUCACGAGAGAGUAAAAGAAAUUUUAAGGGACUUACGAAGCUUAAUAAAAGUAGGCGGUGUUUCUGAUAUCGCUAAUGCAACUAACAUUUAUAGCAUUGACGAUUUCAAUUCCAAAGAAAGAAGGGUUUAUCAUCACAGAACUAACAAUGCUCAUACAAUAACAAUUCCUAUUAACCAACAUUUUACUAAGAAUAAUUCUUUUGAAAAUAAAGUGCUAACCCCACACAAUAAAAAAGAAAAUUCAAAUUUUGUAAAAAAUGUAGAUGAUUACGAUGAAGCAAAUGUUUCACGUGCUCUUUUAAGCUCUUUUUUGAAAAAGCCAACUGGAAGAAGCAUGAGUUUCCAAAAUAAUGUUCCAACGAUAUUCAAUAAAACUUACUAUCUUUUUCCAAAUGAUUCUCUUAAAAUGGAUGGCAUGCAAAAGUCUUUGAUUAAUAACUAUGUGAAGGAUGGUUUGUUUAACUAUAAUUUUCAGAACGCUUACAUAAAUCAAAAUCCUGCUUCCGAAGGAGGACGAAAUUCCAAAAGUCUUUAUGAAAGUGACUUUUUUGUGGAGCCUGUAACUAUUCCUUACAAAAAUUACGAACCUUUUCCGGAAAACCGGACAGAAAACUUAACUAUUUAUGAAAUUCUAAAGCCUCGAUUACGUUCACCCAAAAAAAUGGAACAUCAAAUUGAAAUUUCAACUGAAAGUGAAACUAUUACUAUUUCUUCAGACAGAGCAAAAUCUUCCAUGAUGUCUAAAAAUGUAACAAAUAUAGAUCCGAUACAUUUUCUUGAAAAACAAGCAAAUAAUUCUGGAGAUCACUUUAGACAUUUAGUAACUGCUUCUGAAAGGAGCGAUUCUAAUUAUGUAUUUGAUGUCACAUCCGAGCGAUUUGAGAAUUUCUCCGAAUCAACGACACUUAUUGCAACAACAGAAACAGUUUUUGACUCUCAUAUGAAAAGUGACAGUUCUAAGGCAUACAUGGAACAUGAUGACAUCAAGAUAAAAAUUGAUUCUCUAACUGCCAGAAUUGCUGAUACUCCUUUAGUCAAUAGGGGAAAGUCAAAAACAGUUGAUUAUGACAGACAAAUAAAUGAAACAAUAAGUUCAUUUGAAAUUCAUCGAAAUAUUUCUUCUGGUAAAAGUAAUGCAAAUUCGUUUCUAGAUCCUUAUGAAGUAAAGAAUUUGCAGUUAAAUAAUUCGACGAAUGAUACGGACGCGAUGGCGAUGGACGCUUCUGAUGUGAUCACCCAAAUAUACGAUCCAGAUUUACUGCGGCAACCAAAAAUGUCUGACACAUUAAGUGUAGAUAACGCUUCUUUGAAAAAUCCCAAAUUGGAUCCUAAAAGUUUUUAUGAUUAUUUUUCCAAAAAGAUGUACACGAAUACCAGUGGACUACAGCUGCCGUUUCCGGAAUACCGGCCCGGAAAUUUGUACCGUUAUUCCGACAUUUAUCAGAGGAAGCCUGUUAUUGAUGUCGUUUACACUCGUCCCACUCCAGUUUUUGAAAUCUUUCGACCAAAGACAACGACUGAAGAAGCACCAAUCAGCUCUACGACCUUCGAUUCCAUGAGAACAUCGGUUCGUGUUGCAAGCACUUUCUAUCCAAACAGAAUUCAAGACGUGACGAUGAUAUUUGGCAACGCACCAACAACAGUUUCUUCCCAAAAGCCUCAAAAUCGUAACGAUGAAGACCCUGAUGAUGAUGAGUACAGGGACUUAAUGGAUCCAGGAUUCACGAUGGAAAAGCUUGCCUACUUACUGAUAGGCACCUGUUGCGGGCUCAGUAUUUUGUGCUUAUGCGUAGUGGUAAUUGCUAUCAAAUGCAGAAGGGUGGUUGUGGAAAGAAGACUGAAAUCCCGGUUUAGAAAAAGAAUGUAUAAUCACGAGAGGAUGAAAGAUCCAUCGUCACCAUGGCAGCAACAGAUGUUCGACCACCUUAUGUACUUUCGUAGGCAACCUGGAGACAGCUCAUGCUCCAGUGCGGCAACAGAUUGCAACUGUCGAUGCGUCACGUGGUCUCUCGGCCCUCGCAAUUUGGAAUCCUCCAAUAGCAGCAGCAGGCCCAUGUGCGGCCCGAACAACCGCAACAGCUCGUACCUGUGCGGCCAGAAAAAGCUGCCCUUCGGUGCGGCAUCGACGCUAAGAUACGAAUCCAUGUUGGGUCGAAAUAAAAAACCGAUUUCAAAUCCACACAAGAACAGAGACUCACCGCCUAACACGGACUCUUCACAUGAGAAUGAUUCUCUGGAUCAAGAUUCACAAGACUCACGGGAUGGUGGUGUCGUACACUGCACAUGUAUCGAUUACAAUGUGUGGCCUUUAACACCGGGUGAUGUACGUCGGGGAUUUUAUGGUCUAUAUCCAGGGACUGGACGUUACAAUAAUGGAGAAUGUGUGCAGCACCCAGCUGUGGAACUUCGAACAAUAUCCAAGGAUAUUCCGCCUCCUGUCACAGGGUCUAAUUAUUUGGAUCGGUCAGAAGGUGUGGUGUACUGGUCAUCGAAUGAUGAAAGACUUAUAUAAACAAUUUUGUACUUAUAUCAAAACCAGAAUUGUUGUUUCUCUGUGUUGAUUAUUUCAUUGAAUUGUCAGAUAUCAUUGCCUAAAUAAGGAGAAUUAGUCUGGGUGAAAACUACAAUUAUUCUUUCUCCUUAUUUUAACCACACUGUUAUAUUUUUAAA